AUGAAAAGUGUGAUGAAUUAUGGUGUCCAUUGUCCAUUCAAAAAGGACCUGCUAAGUUAUAGACACAGUGAACUGCCAUUUGGCCAGGAUUUAUAUGGUGAUGCAUUGGAGGCAGCCUUGAAUGCUAUUUUUGAUGACAAUUCAACAGAUAUUAUGGUUAAACAACUAGCCCCAGCAACAAAUUCACAACGUAAUGAAGCCUUCAACAAUGUCGUAGAGUCAAAAAAUCCCAGAAUCAGGUUUUUACCAUGGAAGUGACAGUAAUGAUUUUCAAUUGCCUGUGGUGUUAGUCAGACAAAUGAAGGGACGUAAGUGUACAGCCUGAUGAUCACUGCAUUACUCAUAACAAAGCUACAGAUCAGAGGUACUUAAAAGAUAAAAUAAGAAAAUCUUCAGCUUUAUUCAAGAAACAACAAUCACAACUACAUUGUGAUAAAUUGAGUGCAAACAGUAGAAGUGAGGCUAGAAAAGGCACAACACACCAAACUAGUGUUAGUCUAAAUUUGGACAUAACAGCAAAUGAUUCCAUUAUCAAAUUACUUCAGUCAACUUUGUCUUUCCAAACCUAAGUUUUUGGAAUACGAAAGGAGGGUACCAUCAUUUCAAAAAUGCCCAGUACAAAUUAGAGUUUGUUUCAACAAUGCAGCUAAAUAUCAGUUUAUUGUAUUCGGCACAGAGACACUGCAGGUUUUUUUUUAAUGUUAGCAUGUGAUGGUUGGUAUACUGCAAAGGGGAAGGAACAUUCUGCCUACUGUGCCAUGUACAUAAUACUAAGAACAAGUACAAUAAUUAAAACACAUUCAACUUUGCACCAUCCACCAACUACAAGCACAGUGCUGUUAGUGACCAUGCAAGAGCCAGUGGACACAUGGCAACAACAAUCUUUGAAUUAG